AAAUACAUGGACCACAACAAUCACUGUACCAAAAGGAGUUGUUUCCAACUACCGCUAUUUCAAAGGCUUUAUUCUGGAUUCAAAGCUUGGCGACAGGAAGGGGAGAGACAGGUGCUAUUAGUGUGUUUGUUCUGCAGAUUUUGAAAGAGUGUUAGAAAGAACUAGAAUUACUUCAGUUGAAGCUAGGACAUGUCACAAGAUUUGUGUAUCACUUUACCUACAUAGGUGUUAAUUUCCUUAGAAAUAGCCAGUUAGUCAGUGUUGUGGAAUAGCCAGCUCUGGGCAGACUGCCAGCGGACUUGCUCUACUGUUUGUGAGCCUCUUCUGAGGCCCUCUAUGUAUAUACUCUAGAUGUACACAAACAUACCACGGGUCAAAUUUCCCUGGAAAAGAAUGGGACAGAAAAUGUGUCAGACAAUUCCCUGAAAAACAUUAUCGUGUCUAGCUCUCUCUUAGUAUUCUCUCAUAGUACCGGUGUAUUAUUGUUUUUGGAUGUCAAGGGUGGGGCUCACAUUGUGUGAGACUAAAGCCCAUCCUGACUUGAUUGUGAGACGCCUGACUUUGUAAAUUCCUCAAAGGACUUUGAGCUGAAAUUACAAGAUUACAGAAGUUAACAUUUCACAUUUAUUCAGGCCGUCUGAGUCAUGCUUGAAAUUUAAUAAACUAAAGUUAUUCUCAUGCCUGUAGCAGCAAUAUAAACAUAAAAGUUCUUAAACUCAUGGGCCAUGUUUUUCAUAAUUGUGGACUGUAUUCAACUCUGUAAUGAUAGUAAAUUUACAGAGGUCAAAAUGUGAUGCUACAAACAUAUUAUUGCUAUAAUUAAUGAUGGCUUUAUUACAGAUGAAGACAGCAGCUUAAAGUGUAACUGAAGAAAGUUUUUUUUUUUUUUUUUUCUUCACUAACAAAUCCACUUUUCAGAUUUCAACCCAUGGUCGCUGACUGCCCUAGCUGGGGAUCGAGUGCAGGUGGUCCCUGUCAAGUGAUAGUCAAUAUGUGGGAGACCCAUCAUCAGCCCCGCACGAUGAGCCCCACAGCAUCACACCAGAAUAUCGAUGAUGGACAAUUUGGAUUUCACAAUGGGGAGUUUUGUGUUGACUCUGGGUUUCUGACGUGCCAGACAGAGAUUCGCCUGCGUCUGCACCAAUCUAGGGUGUCGCCAGUGUCCAUGACAAAGAAGAAAUUUAAGAAGUCACGCUUCAGAAUCAAGCUGACAUUAGAGGGUGUUGAGGAGGAGGAAGACGAGGAGGACGGGCACAGUCCUUCACCUUGGCACAAGAUGGCCACCACUCUGGAGACCAGUAUGAUCAGUGCCAAUGGCUAUAAGUCACGCCACUCGCAGCCUGAAUGUGGGUAUGCAUUGGAGCCCUCCCAGUGGAUGGAGUACAUUAUCCACACCAUGGACCCAGAUAACCUAGAGCUAACGUUUGAGUUCUUUGAGGAGGAUCUGAGUGAGCAUGUAGUCCAUGGGGAUACUUAUGAUGGGCAGGUGGGCACAGCUUGCCUCCUCUCCUCUUCUUUUUUGGAGAUCGGUAAGGACAACGGAGUAGCCACACUUCCAAUAAUGGGUCGAAAUUCCAGACAGACCAUCGGGAAGGUCAGAGUGGAUUACCUGGUGAUCCGGCCCAUUCAGGGGAUGCAGUGUGACAUGAGCUCCUCAUUCAGCAAGUACUGGAAGAAAAGAGGUGCUCUGGACGUGGGUCACAGAGGAGCAGGCAGCACACACGCAGCCAAGCACCACAGAGUCAGGGAAAAUACAAUAGCCUCAUUUAAAAGCGCUGCUCAGCAUGGUGCAGCCUAUGUAGAGUUUGAUGUUCACCUCUCCAAGGAUGCUGUUCCCAUUGUAUACCACGAUCUGACGUGCUGCAUCUCAACCAAAAAGAAAAAUGACCAGACUUCUCUGGAACUCAUUGAGGUGCCAGUCAAAGACUUGACAUUUGAUCAGCUGCAGCUUCUGAAGCUUGCCCAUGCCACUGCAUUAAAAGGCCACGAUGUCAAAGAUCUGCUGGAUGAUGAAGAGGAAAUCGAUGAGCAUCAGCCGUUCCCCUCACUCUCACAGAUCUUCCAAGCUAUUCCUGAGCAUGUGGGCUUCAACAUUGAGCUCAAAUGGAUCUGCCAGAUGAAGGACGGGUCAUGGGACGGCAACCUAUCAUCCUACUUCAACAUGAAUACCUUCCUCGAUGUCAUCCUGUCCUGUGUUCUGCAGAAAGGCGGGAAAAGACGCAUUGUCUUCUCCUGCUUCGACCCGGACGUCUGCAGCAUGGUGCGUCAAAAGCAGAACAAGUACCCCAUCCUCUUUCUGACUCAGGGAAUUUCUGAGCGGUAUCCUGAGAUGAUGGACAUCCGCUGCCAAACCACUCAGAUCGCCAUAAGUUUCGCCCAGAGUGAGAAUAUUCUGGGGAUCAGUGCCCACACUGAAGAGCUGCUGAAGAACCUUAACUACAUCAGGGAUGCCAAGGCUAAAGGCCUGGUGGUGUUCAGCUGGGGAGAGGACAACAACGACCAUGAGACGAGAAGGAUGCUGAGAGAGCAGGGAAUUGAUGGGCUCAUCUACGAUAGUAUCUGUGAGGCCCAAGGGGAGGAGCCAAACAUCUUCCAGGUAGAGGAGCAACACUCCCUGCAGGAGGUUAUCACAGAGGAGACCCUAAACAGCCCCAGCUGUUCCUGCUACUCCAUUCAGUGCUCCAUGGCUCCCUGCGAGGCCCGGACAGGCAACGCUGAGUAUGACUCUGGCCUCGGCUCUUCAUAAACGUCUACCUCGCUGCACAUACAAACUUAAGAGGACACUGGUGGGAAUGAAUGAAUAAACAAAAACAUGUAGUCACUCAAAAGUUACAGCUUACAGUAGGUUUUCCCCCUUCAUACAUGAUCAAGUGUAAAACCACUUAAACCGUCUCUACUCCAGCAUACUUGAUUACAGAUGUUUUUCCUUUUGUAUGAUUCUUUACAAACGUUUUGUUGAAAUGUUUUGCCAAACAUUAAAGCAGCCAUGUACAUGAACAGGGAUCAGAGCGGGUCUUCAUAAUAGUGGAACAAUAUAAAAAUUGGGAGAUGCUUCACAUGGGAUAUUUAGCCAAUAUGUUGCAUCUCUUCAUAGUCUUAAGUGCGAAGCUUUUAAUGUAUAUAUUUCACAAGUGUAACAUCACUGCAAAUUGUAUGUCAUAAACUUUAUGAUGAUGCAUGUAUCCAUUACCGUAACGGUUAUUUUCAUUGUCUGAAAUUGCAAUGAGUAAUAGCUACAGAAUUUCAGGUAAGAGGGUGAAAUUGAUGAAUGUUUUAUUUGCGACAGUGCACAUACAUACCACUGUCUUAAGCAGGAAAUAAUAAUUGUUUGUAUCUUGCCUUUUGUUUUAAAAUCGCCAAUACCUCACUCAUGUAUUAGAGUACACAAGAGUUGAAAUGUCUGUAAAGAAUGAUUAAAUUCCUAUACUGCCUUCCUACAAAUCCUAUUUAACGCCACAACACCCAUGCUUUUUAUUGCAUGGCAGAUUAUUUUUUGGCAAUUGCACUUGAAGCAAUUAAUCAUUUGAAUAUUAAAGUGUGCAUUAGUAUAAUUCAGUGAAAAUGCUGCAUUUUGAACACAGCAAAACAAAUCAGUUAUAGUGUACUGUCUGUAUAUCUGUCUCACUGCACAUGUCAUCUCUUGACGUCAAACUCUUACGAGUGAGCCAUGCAUGGUCUGUAUAUUUGUAUGAAUGAGUCUAAGGUGUAAAUUUAUCUGCCAUUACAGGACAGAAGAGUGUAAAUAAAAUCCAAAUCUAUA